CCAGGGCGGGAGAGGCCGGCUCCUCGGAGCAGUCUGGGGCCGCUGCCCUCCUUCCUUGAGUCGCCGCCAACAUGUUGCUGCCCGUGUUCACCCUGAAACUGCGCCACAAAAUCAACCCCCGUAUGGUGGCCGUAGGCCGCUACGACGGGACUCACCCGUGCCUGACAGCCGCCACCCAGGCAGGCAAGGUUUUUAUUCACAAUCCUCAUACACGGAGCCAGCAUUUCAGUGCAUCCAAGGUCUUCCAGAGUCCCCUGGAGUCUGAUGUUUCACUUCUCAACAUUAACCAAGCUGUCAGCUGCCUAACUGCAGGAGUGCUGAGCCCUGACCUUGGCUAUGAUGCUCUUGUAGUGGGGACACAAACUAAUCUUUUGGCUUAUGAUGUCUAUAACAACUCAGAUUUUUUCUACCAAGAGGCAACUGAUGGAGCCAAUGCAGUUGUACUGGGGACGCUGGGAGACAUUUCCCCUCCACUUGCAAUUAUUGGUGGAAACUGUGCUCUGCAGGGCUUUGAUUAUGAAGGAAAUGAUCUCUUUUGGACGGUUACCGGUGAUAAUGUUCAUUCCUUGGCCUUGUGUGACUUUGAUGGCGAUGGGAAGAAAGAGCUUCUUGUCGGAUCUGAGGAUUUUGAUAUCCGAGUUUUUAAAGAAGAUGAAAUUAUAGCUGAAAUGUCAGAAACAGAGAUAAUCACUUCUCUUUGUCCCAUGUAUGGCAGUCGAUUUGGUUAUUCCCUUUCCAAUGGCACAGUUGGAGUUUAUGACAAAGCAGCCCGGUAUUGGAGAAUUAAAUCCAAAAAUCAUGCCAUGAGCAUUCAUGCUUUUGACCUUAAUUCUGAUGGUGUAUGUGAACUUAUAACUGGUUGGUCCAAUGGGAAGGUUGAUGCUCGAAGUGACCGGACUGGAGAGGUCAUCUUCAAAGAUAAUUUUUCAUCUGCAAUUGCUGGCGUGGUAGAGGGAGAUUACCGAAUGGAUGGCCACACACAGCUCAUCUGCUGCUCGGUGGAUGGAGAAAUUCGUGGUUACUUGCCAGGAAAUACUGAAAUAGGAGGGAACCUUAUGGAUGCCAGUGCAGACCAGGAUCUGAUCCGAGACCUGAGUCAGAAGAAACAGAAUCUAUUGCUAGAACUUCGUAACUAUGAGGAAAAUGCCAAGGUUGACUUGAACAGUCCACUGAAUGAGGCUGAUGAGCAUGGGGGCAUAAUCCCGGCUAAUACCAGGCUCCAUACUGCCCUCUCAGUUAACCUGGGGAGCGAGACUCAGGCAGCUCAUGUAGAGCUGUGUGUUUCCACUUCCAAUGACACUAUCAUCCGAGCAGUAUUGAUUUUUGCAGAAGGAAUUUUCCUAGGUGAAAGUCAUGUGGUACAUCCCAGCGUUCACAAUCUUUCCAACUCUAUCCGUAUCCCAGUCACUCCACCCAAAGAUGUUCCCGUGGAUCUACACUUAAAAGUCUAUGUGGGCUACAGGAGCAGCACCCAGUUUCAUGUAUUUGAAUUGACAAGACAGCUUCCCCGAUUCUCUAUGUAUGCAUUAAACAACCCAGACUCUGCCACUGAGCUGCCCAGUUAUGUCAACUUUGUCAUUGCAGAACGGGCACAGAGGGUUGCUCUCUGGCUGAACCAGAACUUUCUACUGCCGGAUGACACUACUAUCCAGAAUGCUCCUUUUAAAGUGUGCUUCUCAUCUUUAAGGAAUGGUGGUCAGCUAUUUAUAAAAAUAAAACUUAAUGGAGAGGUCACUAUAAAUACAGAUGAUAUUGAUUUGGCUGGUGAUAUAAUCCAAUCAUUAGCAUCAUUCUUUGCAAUUGAAGAACUUCAGGUAGAAGCAGAUUUCCCUGCCUACUUCGAGGAAUUAAAAAAAGUACUAAUAAAGGUUGAUGAAUAUCAUUCAGUGCAUCAAAAGCUUAGUGCUGAUAUGGCUGAUAAUUCUAACCUGAUCCGAAGUUUGCUGGUUCGAGCUGAGGAUGCUCGUCUGAUGAGGGACAUGAGAACAAUGAAGAACCGUUAUAUGGAACUCUAUGACCUUAAUAAAGACUUGCUAAAUGGAUAUAAAAUUCGCUGUAACAAUCAUACUGAACUGUUGGGGAACCUCAAGGCAGUAAAUCAAGCAAUUCAAAGAGCAGGUCGUCUGCGUGUUGGGAAACCAAAGAACCAAGUGAUUGCUGCUUGUCGUGAUGCAAUUCGCAGCAAUAACAUCAACAUACUCUUCAGAAUCAUGCGGGUGGGGACGGCUUCUUCAUAGGACAGUCAUGUCUAGCCAAAAAGCAUAUUUCUUAGAUCUAAAAAAUUUCAAGACAAGGUUGAACGUGUUCAACCCAAGCAUCAAGCAGGUUGUUACCUUUGUCCUGAUUUAUAGGUUAUUAUGUAAAGUUUACAGGUAAUAACAAAUGGACUAUUUUCACAUUCUCUUGUUCCUAUAUUUUUUUUGUUUUCUACACUCUUUACUGUGUCCAUUUCUACGAAUGCCUCCCCAUCCCCAUUUGCAUUUUAAUAAUUUCAGUGCAUAAAAGUAAACUGAAAAUUCCUUCAUCAGUUGGUCUCAUGGCAUGGCUGUUGCUGAUAUAACUGACAAUAACAGCAGGCUGGCUUCAGGGACUCUCAAGACACAAAUUGCGUUUUAUAGUGUAUAGAAGAGUGUGCUGUGUGCUUAGAGCAGUGAGAUUAAGAAGAAACUCAUCAGCACUUAACAUAAUUUAAUAAAUAUAUUAUGCUAAAAUUUAGACUCAGUGCUAAACUCAAACUAAUAAAGUCUUAGACUUUACUAGUUUCAAACUGCUUGGCAUACACAAUGAUUUCACUUUCCCACCUUGCCUCUGGGUUUAUACCACUAAAAGAAUGCUAACCAGAACCAAAUGAAUAAAAUUAGAAGUAUAAACUUUUA